AUGAGUGAAGAAGAAAAUGUUAUUCAAAAUAAUGAGCAACAGCCUGAAAAUGUCUAUGAUAAAGAAUUGAAACAAGGAAGCACAACCUCACAGUCAGAUAAUGAAUCUGAUGAUCGUGAAGAGCAUCAAGAUUAUGAAUAUGUAUCUGAUUAUGAUGAGUACCUCGAAGAAGAAAUUACAGCUUUAGCUGAUACUAUUUCAAGCUGGGUUUUGUCAAGUGGUAAAAAUGUUGGUGAAGUGUUAUCUAAAUACCAUGAAAAGAUUCCCAGAACCAAGGCAUAUCUAUA